GUUCAAUGUUUAGUUUACUUGUGUCUUGUCUAGUCCGUUCGCAUUUGGUAAUUUAUUGAAAGCUGAAACUUGAUUGAAAAUCUUUGAUCCUUUCCUUGUGUUGUUAUUUGAAGUUAAUGGUACUCUUUGUGUAAUACUUUAAGUAUAUUAAAUGUAUGUUAGUACAUGAAUUAAGCGAUCAUAAACUUUAUAAAGAGCCCAUUAUUAGAAAUUUACAAAGAUACUUAUUUUACACGAGUGAUCAGUGAAUAAUACAUUGUUGGUGGUGAAUGGUGAUACAUACUACCUACAUAGUGACAUUUGAGAGGUUGUAUUAGUAAAGUCGUUGAAAUUUGUGUAUCACUAGUAUACUGCUUAAAACAACAAAUGCAAAGAUCUACUUGAACACCCCUUGAGGGAAAUUAGAAAUGGUUGACUACUACCGUAUACUUGGUGUGACUCGUACAUCUUCAGACGCAGAGAUAAAAAAGGCGUAUCGGAAACUUGCUCUUAAAUGGCACCCUGAUAAGAAUCCUGACAAUGCAGAUGAAGCUAAUAGGAAAUUCAAAGAGAUAUCUGAAGCUUAUGAGGUUUUAUCUGAUGCUAACAAGCGGAAAGUGUAUGAUGCACGUGGGUCCAGUCAUCAUGGCCACAGAUAUCAGAGCAAGAAUGGAGUUAAUGGCCAUCGGCACUUUAGCUUCAAGGGUUUUUUUGGAGACACACCUUUUCAUCGGUUUUUUGAAAGAAAACGACGCGUUUACGAUCAAUAUGGCAAAGAAGGUCUAAACAGCAGCCGCGGGCGCCGAUCAACUACUGAUGAAGAUUAUGACUUUGGCUAUCACAGCUUCCCAUUCACAUUCCGCGAUCCAGAGGAAGUGUUUAGAGAAUUCUUUGGCGGAUCUCCGUUUAGUGAACUUUUUGCAGAUAUAAAUGGACACGGUAACCAUAGACACGGACGUCGUAGUCACCAUCCAAGCACAUCCCUAACAUCAUCAUUGUUCAAUCCGUUUGGUUUCGGGAUGCAGGGUCUGGAUGAUUUUUUCCAAGCCUCUAAUGGCAACGCAUUCACUUCUUUCUCGACAUUCAAUAGCUCGCUGGCGGGCCCUGGAAGUGCUAAUAUGAGAAGUACUACAACCACCACUCGAGUAGUCAAUGGAAAGAAGAUUACUACUAAAAAAGUAACAGAGAAUGGUCGAGAAACUGUGAUGUCUUACGAGAAUGGGGUCCUAAAAUCAAAGACUGUCAAUGGUGUACCUCAAUCACUAACAUACAGUUAAUUUAAUUAUUUUAACCAUUACUUAACCAGAUCCAAAUACCUACCAUACUCGAUUGAGAGAUAAACUGUUCAAACAUUUAUCUUAAUUACACUAUUACUUAAUCAUUACCAAUUUGACAUAUUGAGAAACUAAAAUAUCUAAAAUUGAAAAUAACUGUAUUUUGCUCAUGUUAAGUUCACUAUAUUUAGUCACACUUUUUUGAUCUCGACUCAUGGAUUAGAAUUUUACCAUGGCUGCGAAUUUAAACCUUUUGGUGUUGUAGGUAACAAUAAUAUUAAGUAAUCCACACGAUGUUUUUAAGAGCUGUGUUGUAAUUACAAAAACGCGAUGAGCAUUAAAAUUGUAUCUAGAAAAUUUAUAGGGUUUUGUACCUAGUUGAGUUAUUUAUUAAUGUUUGGCUUUAUAAAGAUUGUAACCUCAAAAACCAAGCUUUAUUUAGUAAUUUGAUUAUACAUAAUCAAAAAUUAACAUUUAGAAUGUCUAUAAACUAAAAAUAUCACAAUUUUCUAAGCUUAUACUACAUUAGGACCAAAAUAAUUCUACCUUUCAUUUAAUAUUCUGUUAUGGUAGACAAUCAUCACAAAUAUUUGUCUUGAAUUUUAAGAAUGUAUAAAUUAACAGAUUUACGCAAGCUUUAAUAUAUUUGCUUUAGUGUGUAAACUUUGAACAAGGCUUUUCAUUCUGUAAAUUGCAAUUACUUAAAAAUCCGUGACUAGUAAGCAGUGAGACUCGUUAGCUAACAUUAGUGGCGUUAACUCGCUUUAAAGUAUGGUUUUAUGACUAAAAGUGGCUUUUCAGUAGGUACUUAAUUAAGAUCUUAUUCAUAAUGAUGUAGGAUAAUAAAUUAUAGCCCCAAAGUAAUUUUUGCAUUAAAGUAACAUUUUCGUAAUUGGAAAAUUUUAUGGCAGUCUUGUUUUUCGUGUGCCAUUAUUAUCAUUUUGAAAUGUAAAUAGUUGAAAUGUUUGUGCCCAACCAAAAUUUUUGUCAGCUAGUAAUGAGCACUGAACACAAAGAAAUUGAUAAAAAAUAAACUAUAAUUUGCUUUAUUA